AAAGAUUAUUUUGCAUUAAUACUUAACUUAGAAUGGUGAAGAAACGAUACGUAGUAGGUGGUAAACUGAUUUUCGAACAGAAGUUGCAAUUCGGUGAACAAUUCUAACCUCAAAAUACAGUUUGUUUAUCUCAAUAAUAAGAACGUAAUCGAUCAGAGACGAUGCUAUUGCGGAGUUCAUCGAUUUUUCAUUACAUUUUCCAAUCAUAACUAACGAUUGCACGAUGAUGCUUCGAAAUUUAAAAAUGUGACCUAAACCAGAAACAGAAAUAAAAAUAUUUCUGCUCUUGCGAUAGAGCACCCUUGAUGGAAGAAGCCCUCGAUAAAUCAAAGAGAUCUAAACAUGUAUCCAAACAAUCACAAAACUGUAUUUGUGCUCGAUCAUACUCCAUAUUUCGGUAUAUCGACAGACAGUCCAUUAGAAUUUGACUGCUUGAAGAGCCGAGGACAGAAUCUGAUCCCUUUAGCUCCGAUCUGCAAGUCGCUAUGGACUACGAGUGUAGAAUCCUCCAUGGAAUACUGCAGGAUAGUCUGGGACUUGUUCCCUAGCGGCAAAUUGGUCAGAUUUGUCGUCAGCGACGAGGCCGCGCACAUUCUGAACACCUGGAGCCCAUCGCAACAAAAUUUGUCCCAUGUUGUGAACGGAAUGGCCAUACUCGGGGUUCCGCCACCGGCCCGACAAUCAGGUAUAGAUUUUUCCGUGAUACACGGAUUACGUGUGGCAAUUGAGGUCCUAACAGAGUGCUCAGAAAUUCAGGACGAGAAACGAACGUCUCUGAUGGAAAACGCGAGCAAAGUAUUGAACAGCGGGAGAGUGAUAUGCAUAACAAGUGCAAGAGAUGACGCAAACAUGAAGAGUCUAGAGAAUAUAUUUCUAAGCCAGCUUAUCCAACAGAACCAAAAUGCAGCAGCAUCGCAUAAUCGCAUACCAAUUCAUCACUGCCAUCUGGUCAUCCUCAACAUUUUUCCCGUAUCGACUUCAGACUGUCUAGUAACAAAUCAGCUACCACGAGAGGUAUCGCCUCUACUAACGAUGGAAGUGCACUCGAUAAAGGCUCCAAAGUUGCACUCGAAACUGUCCCACCUGAUACUUUCGCACUAUGAUUUAGCCAGCACCACUGUGACUGGAAUCCCUAUGAAGGAGGAACAGAAUGCGAGCAGCUCGGCGAAUUACGACGUUGAAAUAUUUCACGCUUCGGCUGCUCACGCAGCAAUAAUGAAAGGUAAUCCCCAAGAAUCGGUGUUAAUAAAAACGUUCAUGAAGCUUGACGAGGUCUCGGAGUACGAAACUGUGACUUUGAAGUGGUGCACACCUCGUGGUUGUAGCGCUUCGGAAAUGCAGAACUGUACAGCGAUGCAUAGAAUCACGCCGGUGGACAUAAACAGCCGGCCGUCGUCUUGCCUGAUCAAUUUUCUGCUGAACGGCCGAUCCGUGAUGCUUGAAAUGGCGAGGAAAAGCGGUGGCAAAACGAUAUCUCACCUCCUCGCUGCUCAUGGCGGAGAAAUAUUCAUCCACACUUUGUCAACCGCUAGAAGUGUCCUCGAGGAUCCUCCUUCCAUAAGCGAAGGAUGCGGUGGGCGUGUUACUGACUACAGAAUAACGGAUUUUGGCACCCUAAUGCGAAACAACAUGCUCGUUCCUCUAAAACGGAAUUCCACUGACGAACUCCAAAGUCCCGCGGCUAAAAUGCGGUCCAGACUGGAGCGGCAUACCAGAUAUUGGCCAAUCACGAUAUCCAGCACCCUCAUGUUCAACUUGAAACAGCACGUAGAUCCACUCUCAGAACUUAUGGUGAAAGAAGAAUUAACCACAGAGGAGGUGCUUCAGUGUAAGCAAGUAAUCUUCGACCUCCUUACGCAGGAAGCAAAACACGAAGCGCUGCCUUUGCCUAGCAUAGGAGGAGGCCGCGGAGGGAAGGGAGGCGUAAGGCGCGAAGAACAUUAUAGACUUUUAUGGGUCGAGCUGGAAACUUUUCUUAAAAGUCACUCGAAUCAGUCCGCAUCGCACACAGAAGUUCUAAACUGUCUACUCGAAGUUUGCAACAAGGACGACAAAGAUAAGGUCGAGCUUGAUCAGGCGCUGCGAGAACUUGACGGACUUGGCAAGGAGGAUGUAAUGGCUCGAGCAAGUGUUAUCCGCGCGACAACAGACUCUCCCAUGUCGCCGCCACUGUGCACCGGCUCUUCUUUAGGAAAACAGAUACACAAGGGGACGUUUUACGCACCGAAAACUCUUCUCGAUAUUUGGUUACAACGAAGCGCCUCUAAGGAAAGAAAACCAGACUUUCAUGGGAGGUUGAACAGCGACGGUUUCAAAGCUAAGCUAUAUCCAAACCUCAAGGAACCUGGGCGAGAACCACGCGAGGCGAUACUCGAAGCAUAGAUUUAUCUAAUAGUGUAGAUAAAAUUGCGGAUCGGAAUGAUUAUCUGAUAGUUUUUAAUCAAUGUCUCGCAAAUGUUUUUGAAUUUUUGUAUAUAUGUAUAGAUGGAUA